CAUGACAGGGGCUGGAUCAACACCACAGCCAGCAGGCUGGCGCUCAGGAUCAAGGUGCUUCAUGAUCAGGUCUCGGGCGCCUACUCCUUCGGUGACGGUUGGACUGCCGAGAAGAUGCCUCUGCCUCGCGUGAUGGGGGAUGCGGUGGUGCUGCCCAACGGCAAAGUUGUGGUGCUCAACGGAGCGGUGAAAGGGCUGGCGGGCGACAGCGCUUCGGGCGGUGUUGCCAAGGCCAACGAGCCCAACCUGUGGCCCGUACUGUACGACCCUGAUGCACCUUCUGGAAGCCGCAUGCGGCUCAUGGCUCGUUCCAUGAUCCCGCGGCUCUACCACUCGACUGCGGCACUUACAACGGACGGCUCCGUGCUCGUGGCGGGAUGCGACCGAUGUGACAGGUACUGGUGGACCACCCCGGGCGGCAUCUCCAAGUCACCUACCAUGUUCGCCGAGUACCGCAUCGAGGUGUUCCGGCCGCCAUGCUGGUUUAACGUCACUGCGAAGCCACAAAUCAUUUCCAUGGAUGCCGCCACGUGGGAUGAGUACGACAGCGUCAACGUAAUGCAGUACGGGGAGCCUUUUGUGCUGCAGUACAGCAUGUUUUACGCAACCGACUCGGUGACAUCUGCAGUGCUGGUUUCCCCUGGUUCAACAACCCACUCGACCAACAUGAACCAGAGAGUG